UCCUCAAUAGCUCGGUUUCUCAAAAAUAAAAUAAAUAGGAAGUAAUACAAAAAGGUAAUUCGGCGAUUUGUAACACAAACACACAACUCUUUCCAUAUCUCUCUCAUCUCACACACAUAUAUAUACGCACACUGUAAUAAUUACUCCCAUUUGUUGUAUAAAUCGCUCGGUGAUUUCAAAACCGGCGGCGAGAGUCAAUGCCUGCUCAAAAACGUUCUCACGAUUCCGAAGAUGACGUCAACGUUUCCGAACAGGAUUCCCCAAACGACGACGUACAACAACAAGAGGAGUCUGGUGAUGAAGAUGAAAGCUCAUCUUCUUCUAGUUCAAGUUCUAGCGACGAAGACAAAGACGAGUUUGUUUUCGUAAAAUUGGCUGAAGUUCGCAAGGACGUGCAAUGCCCAAUCUGUUUAGGUAUAAUUCGGAAGACUAGAAAGGUUAUGGAAUGCCUACACCGGUUUUGCCGAGAAUGCAUUGACAAAUCCAUGAGACUUGGGAACAAUGAAUGCCCUGCUUGUCGUGCUCAUUGCGCAAGCCGCCGCUCCUUGAGGGAUGAUCCCAAUUAUGAUAACCUCAUUGCAAUAUUAUACCCUGACAUAGAUAAAUAUGAGGCAGAGGAAUUGGCCUUUCAUGAAGAAGAAAAAGCUCGAAAUAAACAGAUUCAAGAUUCCAUUGCCGAAACUUCUCGUCGCCAGCUAGAAGCACUGGGGAAAAAGCGGGCAAGUGCUAAAGCUACCGCGAAUGCAUUUAUGAGAUCACUGGGAAACACCCGAAAUUUAAGGGGAAAGAGAAAACACAGAUCUUCUGAACCUCAAGGUUCCGACAAUGAGGUUGAUGGUGAUAAUGAUAAUGAAGUCAGGUCUUCAUCUUCAUCAGAUGAGCCCUCUUCGGAAGUCAGACCCAAACGAUAUAAAAGAUGGGCAGGAGGUCAGUCUUCAUUGCCACCAAGUGGUACAAACGGAGGAUGUGACGACAAUGAAGCAGAAGGUUCCAGAAAAAUGGUUGGUGUGUCUGCCGGGAUUGUCGGUAGUCCAGAAAUUCUGACCUGGGGUCGUGGUGGCAUGCGUAGUGCUGGUAAGAAUGCAAAGCGCCAAAGCGCUAGUGCCAUCAAGAAUACUAGGAACAGCCACCUCUCGAGGCUGAUUGGUCAUCUCCAAAAGUUACAAAAAGACCAUGAUGAGCUGGAUAUCAAUCUCAAGCUCAUAUCCUUAGAUGAGCAAAAUAUACCCAACCUGCAUAAUUCAUUUGUUUGCUGCAAGCCAAGCGUUUCAACUUCAAAAAUCUGUCAGUAUGUUGCUCUUGAGAACAAUCUGCAAGCCAAAAAGGUUGAGUUGUUGUUGGUGAAGGGGGGCCAUUCUGACAUUGAUUCUUCAGCGUCUUCAAGUGUUUCACCUGCUGAACUGUCUAAACCAGUUGUAAAACCUCUUAUGGAUGAGUUACAACUGUUGAAUGAGCAUCAAUCCUUGUUGCAUAUUGCUAAAAGUUCCACCCAGAAGGAUCUGACUAUAGCUUACAGGGAGAGGUCUCUUAGCUAGGAAAACCGCCAUUCGUUUCAAAAGAGAGGAAUGCUGAGAUAUGCAAGAGUAAGGUUUGUUACAUACUUGCAUUAUGCCGGGGAGUUUAAUGUAAUGUCUGGUCCUUUGUAGUACAAUAACUAUGAUAAAUACAUUAACAUCAUUACAGUAGUUAAAGUUUUAAAAGGUAGCUACUCUAUACCUCAAGUCCUCAAUCAUGUUGCUGAGAUAUAGGUGCGUAAUUCAUGGAUACUGUAUCAUGAGAUUCGAAAAGGUCAGAAUGAAAAGAGAUCAUUUGUUGGCGAAAUUAAACAAAA